UCUCUCAGAUUCAGUAUCUCUUUUUCAGUCUUGGGUCCUUUUUAAAAGAGCCAGUAGUCUCAAUGUUGGACGUGCUAUGACAGCGUCAUUACUGCUGCGUCCCCGCUGGAUUGACCCGGUGAUGUUCCUGUACGACAACGGUUCAGAUGAAGUGAACAAAAACAUGGAGGGAUUUGCGGGAGGUAACUUUGCUGCAAAUCAGUGUAGGAAUCUUAUGGCCCAUCCGGCAUCACUGGCGCCCAGCACUACAUACUCAUCGACUGAAGUGCCAGUAUCUGGCAUGGGCGAACCUGUCAAACAGUGUAGCCCCUGUUCGGCAGCCCAAAGCUCUUCCAGCGCUUCUCUGCCAUAUGGCUAUUUCGGCAGCGGCUACUAUCCAUGCAGAAUGUCACAUCACAGCAGCAUCAAGUCUUGCGCUCAACCUGCAUAUGGAGAAAAGUACAUGGACACAUCCGUGUCUGGGGAGGAAUUCACGCCCAGAGCUAAGGAAUUUGCUUUUUAUCAAGGCUACGCGACCGGCCCUUACCAGCCAGGUACCAGCUAUCUGGAUAUGCCUGUCGUGUCAGGCAUGAGCGGCCCUGCAGAGUCAAGACACGAGCCCCUCUUGCCCAUGGAAAGCUACCAGCCGUGGGCCAUCACCAACGGCUGGAACAGUCAGGUUUACUGCGCCAAAGAGCAGGCGCAGCCAAACCAUAUGUGGAAGUCAUCCAUUCAAGAUGCGGUGUCGCACGCAGGAGACGGCAGCACUUUUCGGCGAGGAAGAAAGAAGCGCGUGCCUUACACCAAGGUACAGCUGAAAGAACUGGAACGCGAAUACGCCACUAACAAAUUUAUUACAAAGGACAAACGAAGACGGAUAUCAGCCCAGACGAACCUGUCGGAGCGACAGGUUACAAUCUGGUUUCAGAAUAGGCGAGUAAAGGAGAAAAAAGUCGUCAACAAAGUGAAGAGCGCAAGUUAGCUUUCAUGGAAGACAAUGGAAAAAUAUAAAAAUAAAAAAAUAUAUAUAAAUAUACAUUAAAAGUUGUUUUAUUUGAAAAAUGAACUACUUACGAGUUAUAUAUGUAAUAUCUGGAAAUCUUUCACCUUUGUGGAUUGUCAGAUAGAAAAUGAAUACAAAAAAUGGCGAGAAAAUCUGUUAGGCUACUUGGAGUUAAUUUGAAAGCACUGAAAACGAAAAUUUCAAACGAUUCUUCCUCAUGUUAAUAUUAAAAAUCAGCUGAAGAUCAUUACCGCAACCAAAGCAUGAAGAAGAUUGACAUACGACACUUCGGUGCUUAGUAAAAUGCUAAAAUAAAACCUGCUUAAAUCUUUUCUCAGGAAAAAUUAAACGUGUAGACCGGCAUUUAAACAUUUAUGAUCGUCGAGACAAUUACCUACAGUACUGAAGUUGAUUUGAAGAGACGGUGUCGAAUGAAAAGUAUUACAUUGUAUAAUAAAAUACAUUUGUCAAUAAAUUCUUAACAAAACCUACAUGUUUCUUCACAUCAAUGGACUCUCUGCCUUAAGGUUUUUAAUGAUGUGUUUUCGAGAAUUGCAGUCUCUCGGUAUUACCAAACUUCUGGUGCAAUCUUGCUUGUAUUUAUCGUUUAAGAAACAUUUGUAUGUAAAAUAUAUCUUUUCAGUUGUAAUUGCAGUAAUGUGGAUGUAUAUAAAAGUAACAUAUGCGUGCAAACUAUUGAAUAAUUCGCUUAUUUACCUGUGUUUGCGCUAAGUGUUAAUGUCAACGUUGUUAAUUGACAAAAUAUCAAUUCUAAUAAACCCUGCUUAUAAAUUUUGAGCUAACUUGUGAUUUUUAUUCUUUUUUUAUAAUGAACGGACAUUCACUUUCAACUGACGAGCAGGGAUAAGUUUAACUGCAAACACCAAAUAAAAACAAC